UUUUUUUUUUUAAAAAAGGACACUAAAAUCAAAGAGGCUCAGGUGUUACCUUCAGCAGGUUACUUAACUUCUCUGUGCCUCAAUUUCAUCACUCACAGUAGGGAUAAAAAUAGUAUCUACUUUAGGCCAGGAGCAGUGGCUCACGCCUGUAAUCCCAGCACUCUGGGAGGCCGAGGCAGGCAGGUCACGAGGUCAGGAGAUUGAGACCAGCCUGGCCAACUAGUAUUCUACUUUAUAGAAUCUUUAUGAGGAUGAAAUUAUUUAAUAUAAAUGAAGUACUUAGAACUGUGCUUGACAGUAAGUGCUAAAUACUUUAUUAUUAUGGUUAUUACUACUACAACCACCGCUAAGGUAUGAGAAGGCUGCCAAGAGACUACAGAGGAAAAGGCACCUUCCGCAGGGAAGGCUGGGAAAGGCUACCGAGGAGAGAUGCUGGGACUGAGUUUGAGAUGAGCAGGACUUGUUCAGAUGGGCUGGGAGGAAAAGACGUCCUAGGGCAGGGCUCGGCAUGCCUGGAGGUUGGGGAAAGCAUGUCGAUCAGCAGAAGGUUGAUAACUGAACAUCGUGCUCUAGGUUCUCUAGGAGAGCGUUCAGAGGAUAAAGGAGGGCAUUGAAGCCAGAGGGGUUCAGGGCAGACCUUGAGAAGGUAAAGUGGGUCUGGAGCUGGGAUUAAAGAAUGGGUAGGAUAUAAAGAACCUACCUAGAGCUGAGGACACAUGGUAGCCAGCUGUCUGGAGUUCUUACUGGAUAAUGGUGCAGACCCCUCCCUGCGGGACAAGCAGGGCUACACAGCUGUGCACUAUGCAGCCGCCUAUGGCAACAGACAGAACCUCGAACUGCUCUUAGAAAUGUCCUUUAACUGCCUGGAGGAUGUGGAGAGCACCAUUCCAGUCAGCCCUUUGCACUUAGCUGCCUACAACGGUCACUGUGAAGCCUUGAAGACCCUGGCGGAAACGCUGGUGAAUCUGGAUGUAAGGGACCACAAGGGCCGGACCGCACUCUUCCUGGCCACGGAGCGCGGCUCUACUGAGUGUGUGGAGGUGCUUACGGCCCAUGGCGCCUCUGCCCUCAUCAAGGAGCGCAAGCGCAAGUGGACGCCCCUGCACGCUGCUGCUGCCUCUGGCCACACUGACUCCCUGCACUUGCUGAUCGACAGUGGGGAACGAGCUGACAUCACAGAUGUCAUGGAUGCCUAUGGACAGACCCCACUGAUGCUGGCCAUCAUGAAUGGCCAUGUGGACUGUGUACAUCUGCUGCUAGAGAAAGGAUCCACAGCUGAUGCUGCUGACCUCCGGGGCCGCACCGCCCUCCACCGCGGGGCAGUGACUGGCUGUGAGGAUUGCCUGGCUGCCCUGCUGGACCAUGACGCAUUUGUCCUGUGCCGAGACUUCAAGGGCCGCACGCCCAUUCACCUGGCCUCAGCCUGUGGCCACACUGCAGUACUGCGGACCCUGCUGCAGGCCGCCCUUUCCACAGACCCCCUGGAUGCCGGGGUGGAUUACAGCGGAUACUCGCCCAUGCACUGGGCCUCCUACACUGGACAUGAAGAUUGUCUGGAGUUGUUACUUGAACACAGCCCGUUUUCAUACCUGGAAGGAAAUCCCUUCACUCCUUUGCACUGUGCAGUGAUUAAUAACCAGGACAGCACCACAGAGAUGCUGCUGGGAGCCCUGGGUGCCAAGAUUGUGAACAGCCGAGAUGCCAAAGGACGGACCCCCCUUCACGCCGCUGCCUUCGCGGACAAUGUCUCUGGGCUCCGGAUGCUGCUGCAGCACCAAGCCGAGGUGAACGCCACUGACCACACUGGCCGCACUGCGCUCAUGACGGCGGCUGAGAACGGGCAGACCGCUGCUGUGGAAUUUCUGCUGUACCGAGGGAAGGCAGACCUUACUGUGUUGGAUGAGAACAAGAACACGGCCCUCCACUUGGCUUGUAGCAAGGGCCAUGAGAAAUGUGCCCUCAUGAUCCUGGCAGAAACCCAAGACCUUGGCCUUAUCAAUGCUACCAACAGUGCGCUGCAGAUGCCACUCCACAUUGCUGCCCGGAAUGGUCUAGCUUCUGUGGUGCAGGCCCUGCUGAGUCGUGGGGCCACAGUGCUGGCUGUGGAUGAAGAAGGUCACACCCCAGCACUGGCCUGUGCCCCCAACAAAGAUGUGGCAGACUGCCUGGCCUUGAUCCUUUCCACCAUGAAGCCUUUCCCACCCAAGGACGCCGUCAGUCCUUUCAGCUUCAGCCUGCUCAAGAACUGCGGCAUUGCAGCCGCCAAGACGGUGGGUGGCUGCGGCGCCCUGCCCCACGGGGCCUCCUGCCCCUACAGCCAGGAGCGGCCCGGUGCCAUUGGGUUAGACGGCUGCUACUCUGAGUAGCCCCCUCCAGUGUCCCUUCCCCGCCGGUGGCUUGAUAUCUAAUUCUAUUUAUUUAGAAAAAGUCUAAACAUUUAGGGCACUUUAAAGGAGAACACGACUGGGUGGAGGGGGCAGAGGGGAAGAAAGCCCUGGGGAGCAGCUACUCACCCCUUUGCCACACCAUCUUGGCCUGGCAGGGGUCUGGGACUGACAGGGAGCACCCCAGGCCCUUGGUACCCCCAGGGUGACCCCUUCUGCCAAGUGUCCCAAAAUGAUUGCUAAAUGCCUGGCUCCCCUACUCUUUGACUCCAUCUCUUGGUUCCCUCUUUCUGCUGCCAGCUCCCCAACUCUUCCCUGGGGACUCCUCUCUGUGUCCCCCUUCUCCCCUGCCCCUACUGCCAGGCAGAUCCCCUCUUCUUCCAUACCCAUCACUGCCUCCCUGCUCGGCCGGUCCCUCCAUCCCCGCAGCAGUGAGAAGCCUUAAUUUCUGGUACUGUGUGAGCACUCUGGGGGUGUCCCCCUCCCCCUUCAGGGGCAGCUAGAGGAUGAGGGGGGAGGAUAUUUAGCACUGGGGCCUGGAGUUUUUUCCCCACUUUGUACCCUAUCACCCCUAAAGUUCAAAUGCAAAACACUUGAAGCAGCAACUACUGUACCUGGGCCCCAAUCCUGCACUCUCCCCUGGCUCCUCAUAUGCAAAUCAAGGGCUGGUUCUGCCCCCACAGCCUGCCCCUUUCCCCUUCCCUCCCACUCCCAGCCUGGCCCCUAACCACGCACUUUAACCUUGCUUCUUUUACCUUCUUUUGGGAGGGCAGAGCCUUUGGCCAUUCCCGCCCUAGCUCUCCUUUCCUUGAUCUUUGAGGCUUGUCAUGAAUUUUUAAGUAAGCGUUUUAUCCUUUAGCGGAAGACACAAGUUAACUUCCUGCCCAUUUCAAAACCACAGCCCUAGUAUGUCCUUUGUGUUUCAGGCAUGUGUUUGCAUGUAUAUGGAGGGAGGGACCAUGUUCUUCCUCCUGUGCCCCCCAUCCCACAGUUUCUCUGUGCUCCCUGUCUGCCUCCACCUCCACCUUCCUUUAUGUCCAAGAGUACCUACUGCCCCAGUCACUCCUGAUCUGAAGCCAAAGAUGGUAGGAGGGGCAGGGCCAACAAGGGACCGUGGCUACUCGGGACCCAGGCUUCCCCUCCAGUGUGAGGAAGAAGCUCUGACCUAGAGAAAGAUGAAUAGUACUGGGGCUUGGUCCCUGCCUUCCCAGCAGGGAAGAGAGAUGAGAUUGAGCUAGGGGCUGCACUGAUAAGAUUUCUCACAGUCACACCCCAAAAGCCAAACUGGGCUGGAGUGAGGAGGGGGCAGUUUUCUCUCUAAAUGUAGCAUUGAAUUUGGCCCUGGUCCCUUUAAGUGCUCUGUCCACCCAUCUCCUAGUGCAGCCUCCUGGACAGUUGGACCCACUCCUGCAGCCCAGUGUUCCCUUCCUCACACUCAAUACCUCAGCCAGGGGCCAAGACACAGAACUUGAAUAGAGGUCAUGCCCCCUCUGCCCCCACAGUGCAUCCUUGCCCAGUUUGGCUGCCAUCAGUAUUGUCCCCUGAGAACUGGACAGGCUUCGUUUACACAGUACAGGGUCUCCCCCUGGGGGGAUCCUUCAGCCUCCCUCCCCUACCCAAGUUUGCUUUAUUCACAGUCUUGCCCAUCUUUCAGUUGUGUCCCCUGAAUGUCUUGCCACCCUUGCCAAGGGUGGGCUGAGGGGAGGGGGGCAUCCAAGGGACCCCCUCCCUCCCCAGUGGAUACCCUUAACCAUACCUCAUGCUGGUUUCCAGAAGCUUGGGGUGUUUUCCAAGUCCGUAUCUUUUGAUGAUCCCUUUUGAUCCCCUGUCUCUCUGUGUCUUGCUUCUCCCAACCCUCAGUUCCUAAACCAUUUCAAGGCUUCCAAAUGACCAUUAUUGGUGAGAAGGAUUGUGCAGCUUUUAGUUUUUAUUUUUGUUUUCAAAGCCAAAGGGCCUGUGACGCCCCCCUUGCCCACCUCCCUCCACACCAUGUCCUUCCCUAUACGACAAUCAAUGUGACCUCUCUUAAGGGCUGCAGCCCCCAUCCCCAACCCUGCUGGCUCUGCAAAGCUUGUCCUCUCUUCAAUUCUCUCUCCUGAAAUCUUCCCAUUCCACCCCCUCCCUCUCAUCUUGGUGCUGGGAAUUAGGUGGUGGGGGGCAAGGGGAGCGGGGAGAUGGGUCCUCCAGAGAGAACUUGCGGGGUGUGAGUCGUGUUCUCCUUUCUUGACAUUUGGCGAUGGCGGGAAGCAUCUGAGUAUCUGUCAGGAGCCCCGUUGUCUUGCUAGAUGAGAUUUCUGGGGGCUGACUGCUCCCUGCUGCCCUCAGCGCACUGUCAGCAGUGCUGGGAGGUGGUGGGGAGUCCUCUGUCCCUACAUAUGUGGCUGUGAGGAAGCCUGGGGGACAAGCAGCCUCCUCUCCUUAUGCCAAAGGAAACUCCACGCCCCACCCCGGGCUCCCCAGCCGUAGUGUUUUUUGAAGCAUUUUGACCAUUCUCAUGGCCACUGAAUAUUUAUUUUAAUGUUAAGAUUUUUUUUUAAACCUCUUUGACUUAAACGGGUGUGGAGAAGUAAAACAGGCAGAAUGCCCCCCAAUCUUCAGGGGGGAUGGGGGGGAACAGCGCCUUCCCUUUGUCCUCCCCCUCCCCCCUCUCCCCACCGCAGCUCUAAAGCACUUGCUUCAAGUAAUAAGCACUUUUGUGAAAAGGCCUAUUUUAAGCAAGGACCCUGGGAGCAACCCCAGGUCCCAGCAAAGGAAACAGAGCGAGGGCGACAUAGGAGACAGGGAAACAGAUGUGUGAAUCAGAGGGUGAGAUGGAAAGAGCCAGUUUUUAGUUUCUGAUUUUUGGGGAGCUGUUUCUGGUUGGGCGGUGGCUCUGGUAGGGUCGUGUACUAUCCUUCAGAAAAACGAACGGCACAAACUGUGGGUCCCAGGAUGGACCAGCAGACCCGGGUCACUGCCACUGUCCACUGCGACUGAUGGGCCACCUCCCCUGCCCCGUGGCCCCCUGAGCCAUAGGACUGCUGAAAACCACUGAAUGUACAGCCCAGGUUGGGGUGGGGAGCAGCCCCUGGGGGAGGGGGCUUCUCCUUUUGUUUGGUGCUGUGGGGGGUGGGAGAGACGAGACUGAGGGACUGCCACCCCACGUAGACGUGUUCCUUGGGGUGGAGGGGCUGAGGAGGGCCUACCUCCCUCUCCAACCCCAGCCAUGGCCCCUCCUCCUUCCUCACCCCUAUCCGUUUUGACUGUAAGUCCAGCUCACCUUUGCCUUCAAUAUGUAACCAAAGGAAAACUCAAUACUGUUUCCACCACUGUCUGCCCACCCGAGCACCUUCUUACUCCCUGGACCUAGAAGAGGAGAAGAGGCUGGGGGUGGGGUGGAUGGGGCCCGAGUGAAUGGUUCUCCAGCUAUACCCCCAAAACCUCCUCCAGGGUCUUGGAAGGGGUCCUGAGAGGUGGGAUUAGGGCCAGGCUGGUGGGGCUGAGUACGCACACUGUGUAUCUUACGCACAUGAGUGUUUUUGUCUAAAUGACUCCAGUGACCGCUCCAGCGGGGAGGCCCCUUCCUCCUUCCCUCUCAGCCGUUUCUCAGCCCCUUCCCAUACCCAGUGUUCAUCCCCUACCUCCCCUUCCCACCGCAAAGGAAAAUAGCCUUACAGACCCUAGCCCAGAAACCCUACUCCUGGGGCAAACCAGUAUGGGCCCCCAUCCCGCCUAGUUUGAACCCUACCUUGUAAGGAGGGAUAAAGAACAAAGCAGUCCCUUCCCCUCUCAUUGUGGUGGCUCCAGCCUUCCGCAGCCUUGACACAGGUUGGGCAAGGGUGGAGGUGAGGAAUCUUUGAGGACCAAGCCCAGUGGUCUGGGAAGCGGAAGGUAGAGAGGGAAGGGUCUGCCUUGGGGGCUCCCUCCUCCCAACCCAACCCCUAGAGAAGCGACCAAAUCCCAGAAAUGGGGUGAAGCUGGGGUGGGGAGGGUCUGCUCUUUGAAUUACUUGAAGGUACUGACUCCAAGGCUGCUGUUGCCCACUUACGUGUGAGGGGGACACUGUCACUGCAUUUGGGAGGGCAGAGGAUGGCGGGUAACCAGAGGAUCUACCUUGGCCUUCGCCCGCUCCUGCUAGGCCCUUUCCCUGGGGAAUCUGGAAGCCUGACAUUGCCCCCAGGGAAGUUGGGGAGCACCUUCCCUCCCUUCUCCACCCCUCACUCUGGGCACCCUCUCCAAUUGCACUAAAGUAGCUGUUGUGCCAGUCUUCCCCCCACAAGGGGGGAGGUCUCUGCUUCCAGUCUUCUUCCCCCGCUGCCUCCACUCCCUCCCCAGACAAUCUCCUUGUUCCCCUUGUGUUCCUGGAUAGCUCAGCUUUGUAUGUGUGUUUGGGGUGGGGGUGGGUUCUGGCUGGAGUGGGUUUGGCAGGGGUUUGGGAAGGGUUAGGGGAGGAUGGAGGAUGAAGUCUCCUACCCCCUUCCCCAGCUCCAGGCCGCAGAAGCCUGGGAGGGAGGGUGCCUACUCUCGCUGCUGUGUGUCUUGCAGAUGUGCCAAAAUGGGGGUGGGAGGGAGGGGGGGGUGCCUGGUAGAGCAGCCCCCAGGGUGGCUCUCUCAAAGCAAUAUAGUUCCCCUGCGGGGGACAGCAAGACAGGGGAGAGGGUUGGGGUGGGGACCUGGGGGUUCCCCAUGUACAGCUGUGUAUAUUCAGGGGUGUUCUCUGUCUGGUACCCGCUGUGGGCAUCUAUGUGUGCGUGAACCUCCCCUUCCCCAUGCCCUGCAUGACCUGUGAUGCUGCAGACACCACCAUCCUGUGUGCAGGUGUGUGUUGGGGGGCACGGAGGGGCAUGUUCCACGUCCUGUUGCACCCUCCACCCUGUGACCCAUGUACUCGGUUGUAGGAAGUAAAGAGAACUGAGCACAAUUCACUGGAUUCUAGUGGAAUCUUUCUCUAAGCAAUUUUCCCAUUCCUGCCUCCCUGCCCCGGAACCACCUGUGGUGCUAGUGUUGGGAUCGGGGGUGUUUAACGCUGGUGGGCAGCAAUAAGGGGCAGAUGUGCCCAGAUGCCUGCAUCCCCAGGGUGUGAAGGGCAGCAGGAAAAAGUGGGGACCUCGGUGCAUUUGCCCCACCCCUCCCCUCCCUGGGCUAAAGCACAAUGCUCUCCCUGCAGAUUAAUGACCCUGCACCCGCCAGGCCCCUACUCAUAUUCACAUCCUCCCCAACCGGCUUCGGGUCCUCCCACCACACCCUGAUUUUCUAUGCUGUUUUGGUGCAAGUACAACUGUCGUAGUCAUGGCUUUGGGAUGGGUUCUGUUUAUUAAAAUCCUAUUGCUCCUA